AUGGCGCAAAGCUUUAUCGACGCAAGGAACAUGACGUCCACCGACGAUUACGAUGAGUUGAAUGAAUCCCGUAAUAAGAAUAUGGUAUUGGUUAGAAGUACUUUUGAAUUUAUAAUUCCGGGUCCAUUCAAUACAGCGAAUAGAAUGUUCUCUCCCCCAUUUGCUACUUCAGAGAACAUGUUUUGGCAAUUAGAAUUCUGUCCGAGUGGAACAUCAAAGGACGCGCAUUCAGCUUUUCUUUAUUUAAGAGCCAUUCCAAACGAAGAAGAACUCAAAGUACCACAGUGGCCAGCGCGAAAUCAAUUCUCUCCGAGGAUUUACUUAUCGCACCAUAACGGACUCUUUAGCAGAGAAAAACAACUCAACAAAGAGUUUUCAGGAACUUCUCGGAAAUGGGGUAAGCCAAUAUGUAAAACAUCAAACUUGAUCAAUUACGACAGCAUAAAGAUAGGGGUCACGUUUGAAGGUGCAGCGUUUCGAUAUGAAAAGCAAUCGAUUCCGUUUCCUACUCGCGCUGUACCAGUUCAAUUGAUCAAUGCAUGGGAAAAGCAGCUUGACAGUCCGCAUAAUACUGAUACACAGUUCAACGUUAAUGGACAUAUAAUAUACGCGAGCAGCAUCAUACUGUCGAACCGUUCAGAAUACUUUUGCAACAUGUUUCAAGGUCAUUGGGCAGAGUCUAUAAUGGCUAGGAGAAAUGUUGAACAAAAAAAGGAAUUGAAUGGGAGUGUCAGAGAAGGCGGAGAAGUAAACAUGGAAGAGGAGAGUUUUCCGGCGGAGAAACCGAUAUACACGGAUCGAGUGACAAUAGACAAUACCUCAGACUCUAAGCGUACGGCGUUUGACAUAUUCUACAUAGCCGAUAAAUAUCUUAUCAAGGAAUUGCGUCAAAUAGCAAAGCUCGAUAUUGUUGGAAGGCUGUCCGUCGAUUCAGUUACAAAGGUUUUGUUUGAGCAUGUGUGGAAGUGGGAAGAUUUGAAAAAAGACGUGAUCGUUUACUUUGUCGAGAACUUUGAUAAGAUAAGGGACACUGAUUCGUUCAAAAAUACUGUUCUUUGUGGAGGGGAAUAUUCGCAUUUUGGGCCGAUUUGGUUAGAGAUUUUUCCCUUAUUGCGUCUUUCGAAAGACGCCUAA